AUGGUAAUAAUAAUUAAAUCAAUUAUUUCUUUAAUCGACACGUUGAAAGAAGUCAUUGCUGAUAAUGAUCAGGAGCAGCUGCAGCAUGUAAUGGACUUAUUAAAAGAGAUGACAAUAGAUAAGGUGGCCAGCGAGCAAAUAAUACAAAAUGAAGGUCUCACGGACAGUUUGUCAAAGCUGGACAGUUCUGGAAACAGCGAUAUUUAUGAACACGUCACUUCUAUUUUUUGGAAUGCAGGACAAACAGCUGAAUGUUUUCCGAAAAAUGCAGAAAGAGUCGUGUCUCUAGAUUUCCCAAAAGAGUUUACAGUUGAAGCUGAACCGUUAGGUCAAGGAGCGUUUGGUAGUGUACAUCUUGUCAGAGAUACAAGUAGGCCUGAGGAUAAAAAAUUUGUCGCCAAAAGAAUUAAUUUUACAAAAGAGAUGGAAGUCUGUAAAAAAGAGGCAGAAAUUCUUAUCAAGACAAAGCACAAACGUAUCGUUCAAUUUUAUGGUUAUCAGAGGAAAACAGAUACAGGAAAUCUUGCAUCGCAUAUCUCUCUGAAAGGAAAUCUUGAUGAAACGUUGACUCGAGAUUUUACGUUUCAAAUUUUGGAGGGUGUCGAUUACCUGCAUCAAAAAGGCAUACUGCAUAGGGAUAUUAAAGGCAACAACAUCCUAAUGGAAGACGACAUGAACAUAAAGUUAACUGAUUUUGGAAUUUCUGAAUAUAUUGAUGAGGAGGGAGUGGCAACAGAGAUAGGAACAGUACGAUAUAUGGCUCCAGAAGUGAUUUACACGGAAGGCGGCAAGAUUAUAAAGUACAAAAGCAGUGCUGAUAUAUGGAGUGUUGGCUGCACUGUUAUAGAGAUGUUGACAGGAAAACCACCCAACUCCUCCUUGAUCUCAGCGCAAGCCCUGUUUAGAACAUCCAUGGGGGAGCUGCGUUACCAACUUCCUCCAACAUCAUCAGUUUACUUAAGAGAAUUUUUAGACAAGGUUUUACACAGCAAAGCUAAAGAAAGACCAACAGCCAACUGGCUGUUGAAAAAUGACCCAUUUAUCCUUGGAUUCCAAAGUAGAUAUGAUGAGCAUGGUACUUUACUAAAACAAAACGGCGAUUGA